AUGGACUCUAUGAUAGAACUUAUGAAGGAAUUAGUUGAUCCCAAUGUAGAGAUUCCUGAUUCUUAUUAUAAAGCAAAUGCAUUGAUGUCUAAGUUAGGACUCUCCUCGAUAAGAAUUGAUUGUUGUGAAAAAGGUUGCAUGUUAUACUAUAAGGAGGAUGUCAAUCUAGAGUCUUGUAAGUUUUGUAGUCACCCUCGCUAUAAGAUUGGUUCUACCGGAAAGAAACUUGCUAUUAAGGCGAUGCAUUAUUUACCUCUUAUACCAAAAUUGAAAAGGUUGUAUGCAUCAAAUAGCUCUGCUCCUCAUAUGAGAUGGCACUGUGAAAAUAGAAGGCCACCUGGUAUCAUGUGUCAUCCAUCUGACGGAGAGGCUUGGAAACAUUUUGAUAGAACUUAUCCAGAUUUUGCUGCUGAACCAAGGAAUGUUAGGCUGGGUUUGUGUGCGGAUGGUUUCACCCCUUUUUCAGUUGGGGCUACACCAUAUUCUUGUUGGCCUGUGUUUAUUACACCGUAUAAUCUUCCACCUGAGAUGUGUAUGACAAGUCCAUAUAUAUUUCUGAAUUGUGUCAUUCCUGGUUCGAGUAAUCCAAAAAGCAAGAUUGAUGUGUACUUACAACCUUUGAUUGAUGAGUUGAAAUUGUUGUGGUCUGAGGGGGUAGAAACAUGGGACAUUUCUCGUAAACAAAAUUUCAACAUGCGUGCUACUUUAAUGUGGACUAUUAAUGAUUUUCUUGCCUAUGGAAUGCUAUCUGGAUGGAUGACAGCUGGAAAGUUAGCAUGUCCCUACUGUAUGGAAGAUACUAAAUCAUUCACAUUAAAACAUGGCCGAAAGAAUUCAUGGUUUGAUUGUCAUCGUCGGUUCUUGCCACCUGAUCAUGAAUUUAGGAGAAAGAAAUAUGCAUUUAAAAAGAAUAAAACUGAACGAGAUGGUCCAACCCCAAUAUUAACGGGUGAUGAUAUUUGGGAAAGGGUUCAAAAUUUUCCAAAGGUAACUGAGGAACCACCGUACAAAUUUGAUGGGUAUGGUGUUGCACAUAAUUGGACUAAACAGAGUAUAUUCUGGGAGUUACCUUAUUGGAAGGAUAAUUUCCUUAGACAUAAUCUCGAUGUCAUGCAUAUUGAAAAGAAUUAUUUUGAUAAUCUAUUCAACACUGUAAUGGAUGUAACUGGCAAGACAAAAGAUAAUGUUAAGGCUAGACUUAACUUACCAGAACAUUGUAGACGACCGGAGUUGCAUUUACAGAAGUCUGCCAACAACAAGUUACUUAAACCCAAGCCUAGUUAUUCAUUCACAAUGGAACAGAAGAGAAAAAUUUGUGAGUGGGUGGAAAGCUUGAAAACGCCAUAUGGAUAUGCCUCAAAUUUGGGAAAGAGGGUUGACAUUGAGCGUGGAAUAUUACAUGGGAUGAAAAGUCACGACUGUCAUGUUUUUAUGGAACAAUUACUUCCGAUUGCUUUUUGUGGAUUGCCUGAAAACAUAUGGAAACCGAUUGCAGAAAUCAGUUUGCUCUUCAAAGACUUGUGUUCCAACACAUUGAGAGUAGAGAAUCUGGUUCGGAUGGCCAAAAAUAUAGUUGUUAUUAGUAAUAAGUUGGAGAAGAUUCUUCCACCUGGGUUCUUUGAUGUGAUGGAACAUCUUCCUAUUCAUCUUGUUCAUGAAGCUCUAUUGGGAGGUCCAGUUCAAUAUAGGUGGAUGUAUCCUUUUGAGCGACCUAAUCGACAUGAUGCUACUGGGAAUGAUCCUGCAGUACAUUCAUUAUCAAUCUUCAACCAACCGGGUAAGGGUUCAAAAAAGCGUACAUUGCACAAACUUACCGAAAAGGAGAAAAAAUCUGCAGAGCUUCAUGUCUUGUUGAAUUGUCCAGAAGUCCAACCCUUCUUAGAUUAUUUUGUGAGCCAAUAUGGUCAUGAUCAAGUGUUUCCAUCAUUUAUAACGUGGUAUACUAAUUGGGUCUACAAUUUAGAAAAUUCUGCCACAUUUGAUCAAUUUUUCAAGGAUAUUUCUUGGGGACCGAUUACAGUUCACACAAUGUCCCAAUAUAACGUAAAUGGUUUUAAAUUUGCCACAGAUAAAUACUCAAAGAAUAAGAAAACUAAUAAUAGUGGUGUUUGGGUUAAAGGUGAUAAUGGAAAUCAAAAUGAGAAUGUUGAUUAUUUUGGCGUCCUACAGGAGAUUGUAGAGUUGGAAUAUUCGGGUUGGCCAAUCAAAAGAAUAGUAUUUUUCCAAUGCAAGUGGUUUGAUCCAACUUCAAGAGGUACGAGGGAGCUUAAGCAGCAUAAUAUCAUUGAAGUCAAGCACACUAAGAAGUAUGAGGCUUAUGAUCCUUUUAUUAUUGCACAAAAUGCUAAGCAAGUGUACUAUGAUCCUUAUCUGUUGCGUAGGGAUAAGUCUGAUUGUGUUCAUCAAGUAGUGGAUGCUGAGUUAGAAAUGAAUUUGGAGCAUCCUGAUCACAUUUUAGAAGAAGUUAAUAGAGAAGAGUUAGAUAUGCCAACAAAUAUGGAGGGGGAUGAGGAGGAAACUUUCGAAGAGGAUGAAUGGAUAGAUGAGGAGGAAACUUCCGAAGAUGAUGCAUGUGAAUGGACAGAUGAUGAAGAAACUUCCGAAGAGGAUGAAUAA